AUGCACUACUUCGAUCCAUAUUUGUAUGGAUUGCACCCUGAAAGGAAAUUAUAUCCUGAUUCUUUUGAAUCUUUUAUUCGAGAAGAUGUUCAAGAGAAAGUUGCUAGCAAGACAGCUAUAAGACAAAAACACGAAUAUUUCCUUUACUUUCAUGUUUCUUACGAUUAUGGAGAGGUACUAGAAACUUUUUGUACUGAAACUUUAUGGAAAGCAAAGCAAUUCAAAUUCAGAGCUGCAACAGAUAAAGAUUUCGGAUAUUAUGAAACGUUCAAAAAGGAAAUGGAAGAAGUUUACAUUCCAGACAGAGAAACAAAAUUAUCUGAAAACGAACUCAAAGAAAUAAAAGAUUUUGUUAAAAAUGCAAGACCUGAAGAUUUCAAGAUCAUGGAUCCGGACACUCGUGGCAUGGUUCAAUACAAUAGAUGGCGACUUCGCAGGUUAAAUAAUGCAAUUCGAGAUUAUUGGGUUCCAUUCUAUGGCACACAGCGCAUUGGAAAAUCUCCAGAAGUGUAUUAUUUCGGUGAUCCCAAUCCCAGAAAGCAGUGGAUGGUUAACAUUUUGAACGGAAUAGAAUAA